UGGUUACUCUUAUGCAGUGAACACUCUGCUGGCUUUAUCAUGUAUUUUUUCAACUUAUCUUAUAUAUUUUCGUGUUUAAUUGUCACAUUCGCCUGGCGAGGUUCGAAAUAUUUAUGAAUGCUAUCGGUUAUCCGUUGCACCGUGAACGUGAAUCGUCAAAAAGUGGCGACAAGCAGUAACUCGGGCGACAGUUUUAAAUACCAUGUACAGAAAAGCUCAAUAGAUCCAUCAGUCCGUGUUCAGUUUUUUCUUGUUCAACUACUUUUAAUAAUAACUAAAUAGAUAAAUAAUCUUCUACGUCGUUAAACCCCGUAAAUAACUUAUACAAUUUUCCUUGAAAUUAAAUAUAACUAUUUACAAUGGCAGAAACACAAAGAAUGCCUGUGUAUGGUCGACAUCCUCCUUGUGCAACUGGGUCCCGUUUGGAAGAACGCAGAGCCCGAAGGCUCGCUUUGCGCUUGGAGAAAAAUCGAAAGCCGGAAAAGCCCGAAGAUUUCGUGUGCUACGAAUCCAGCGACGAAGAAGAGGAAACUGUAACUGAAGGAAAACAGUAUUUGAGAACGUCCUUCAACUUUGUGGAUUACGUACGUGCUAGAGAAACGAAUUUAAAAGAAGUAAGGAAAAUCAAUCAAGAGUAUGGCUCACGUCAUAUCCUAACCCACGACUUAUUCAAAGAAUAUUCAGUUAGUUUAAAUAAUAUGAACAAAGUGUUCUGCUCGCAAUGGUUGAGCGACAGACAAGUUGUAUUCGGAACUAAAUGUAAUAAGCUAAUGGUGUAUGACGUCGCGACUCAAAAACUUGACCAAAUACCGUCGUUACAUGGGAGACAAACAAACCCAGCAGGUGCCGCUAUUCCUGAACAACAGUGCGGCAUUCACUCUGUACAAAUAAAUCCAUCAAGAACAUUAUUAUCUACGGGAGCAAGAAACAGCAACGAAAUAGCAAUAUAUAGACUACCUACUUUAGAUCCUGUUUGCGUGGGAGAAGGUGGUCACAGAGACUGGGUAUUUGACAUGUGUUGGUUGGACGACGAAUUCCUAGUUUCUGGAUCAAGAGACACUAAAAUGUCGCUAUGGCGGAUAGACAGCGACUUGGCAGAUGCUCCGGACAAGGCGGAAAUACCAACCCAUAGGUUAAUUCAGCCUGUAUGUGUUAAAGAAUGUCGAUCAGCUCAAAAGGUUCGAGCUUUGGCUUUUAACAAGGCUUACAAAGAAAUAGCCGCCCUUUCUCUCAAUAGCUUUAUACAUAUUUGGUCAGCUGAAACAUUUAAGCAGAAGAUAUCGAGAAAGUUGCCGGCCUGUCAAGAAAAUGUUUGCUUGGCAGUUCAAGAUGACGGAGUUUACGCAGUUGGAUGUCGAUCGUACACAUUGUUGUUGGAUGCUCGAACAUUACAACCAAUAAAAAAAAUACCAUCCAGGUAUAGCGGGUGUGGUAUACGAUCUGCUAGUUUCCAACGAUCCGUCUUAACGAUUGGUACAGGACUUGGAAUGCUGAUGUUUUAUGAUGUCAGAGCACAAAAAUAUUUAGAAUCUUCCAUCAACUCAAAUAGAACGGUGGUCCUGAAAGCAUCAAAAGGUUACGUGUUUCCUGACGAAGAAUACAUGGACGGCUUCCAAAAUGUGAAAUAUACGCCAGCAAUAUAUACUCACUGUUACGAUGCAUCUGGAACGCGUCUUUUCACAGCUGGUGGUCCACUUCCAGCAAAUCUUUAUGGGAAUUAUGCUGGACUAUGGCAAUGAGUCCAAUUGUAUGACUUGGAAAGUAUUCCUUUAGAUGACAUAUUUAUAAUGCAUAUUUACGACUUGCGAAUGUAUGUCAAUCUUUGCUGUCCGUAAACGGAAACACUUGUUGGUACAUUAGCGGAAUUUUCAGCUCGAUGGAUAUGUAAACUUAUAUUGUAGGAUCAAUUUCCUAAGUUGUACGUGUCAUGAAAUAUACCGUGACACGUAAGGAACUCACGUCUAGCUUUUGACCUUGACUUAAUCACUGGAAAUCAGUGUUGAAAAAUUAGAAGCGAAAAUUAUAAGCAUUAUUUACGAAUUGUACAGUUUUAUCCACCUUAUCGUUUUACUUUGUUACAUUCUCAAUGAAUAGGAAAUUUACAACGGCUAUGAAAUAUGGAGCUGAAAAAAUGAAUAACCAUUAAGUAGUAAAUGUAUAGCCUACCUGCUAACUGAAAGAAGAUCGAAAACAAUUGAAAACAACAUAAAAUUUGAAACCGGCUGAAUGCAUUUUUUCUCUAUAUUUUAAUACGCGUUAUCUUUCUUUGUACACCGAGUAAAGCUCUGUUUACAAAAUGCUCAAAAGCUAUUCCCAUUUUUGUUGCAUUCAGUAUUUUUUGAUUUAUAACAUUUAUAAAUAGUCAAUUAUGCUAAAACUUUUUAAAAUAUUUAAUGUUCAGGCCACCUCUCUGCAACUCGAUAGGCUCUGUUGAAUCUUUGGUUACCUAUGUUGAGUUACAUGCAAUAGAUUGUCUGUUAUUAGACAUAAGAUAAUAUUAUAUAAGCCUGUAAAAAUUAGCAUAUUAUAAAUAUGCCAACGAUUACAAGAAAAAAUGAAUGAUUAUUAGUAAAUUAAUUAUUCGAGCA